AUGUUGUUUACCUGUGAUGACCCAUGUUUAAAUGCACUUACAUUCACUUUGGUUGAUACAAGUGAUUGCAGUAAAGAAGUUGAUGUUUAUUUAAAAAAAAUUGCUAACAAUGAGGAAGGUGUACAGGGUGUAAAGGAAGAAACUGAAAUAGAUGAAAUGACAGUAGGUUUGGUAGAUGUUGACUGUGAGGAGAGUGAGGAGGGUGAGGAAGGUGAGGAAUAUGAUGAGAGUGAAGAGUAUGAGGAGGAAGGAGACCUGGAGGAAGUUCUGUUAGAUGAGGAGGAAGUGGUUAAUACUACUAGAGUUAGGGUAGAAGUAGAAGUAGAGGUAGAAGUUGAUAGUGAUGGUGAUGUGGAGACCGAGUAUGCAAGGUCUGAAGAGUUGCAGUCAUGCUCUUCAACAGAUGAGGAUUACAUGAUCCCUAUAAAGCCUAAGUUUGCAGAAUUUAAUGAGGAAGUGGAUAUGAGGAACCCACAGUUCAAGAUAGGGAUGAAAUUUAGGAGUUUUAAGCAAUUUAAAGAUCCUGUGAAAAAUUAUGGGAUCAAGAACCGUUAUAGCAUGAAAUUUAAGCCCAACGAUAAAAGGAAAUAUUGGAUUGCAAGAAAUUAUUUGGAACAAUUUAGGGCUGAUCCUACAUGGAAGAUUGUUGGAGUAAUACAAGCUAUCAAGACCAACCAAGAAGUUGACAUCACAAGGUUGCAAGCUUACAAGGCAAAAUGCAUUGCCUACAGGCUUAUAGAUGGAGAUGAGGAAUCCCAAAUGAAGAGCUUAUAUGAUUACAGGUUGGAGUUGUUGAAGACUCAUCCUGGUUCAACAGUGAUUGUGUCAUGCACUGAUGAAGGAGUUUUCAAGUCAUUUUAUGUCAGCUUGGCACCACUGAAGACAGGAGUCUAUGGAGGGCAGCUUCUAUGUGCAGUUGGGAUAGAUGGCAAUGAUUGCAUCGAUCCCAUUGCCUGGUCCAUGGUGAGUAAAGAGAACAGGGAAACUUGGAAGGACUUAUUGCAGAAAAUUACCCAAUUGCAGGUGCUGGCCCAAGAUUUAAAUAUCACUAAUAGCAGACAGUGGGUGUUUAUGUCUGAUAGACAAAAGGUAUUGUUCAUUGACAAUGUUCAGUAA